AUGGCAAAGAUCGAGCAAGGAGGGCCCAGGUGUCGUUACAAUCUGGAGGGCCCCAGGUCCAAAAGGAGUCAUGACGGGUGUCUGUCCCACAGUGACCACUGCCUAAGCUCUAGAUUUCUAUCUUCAGGUCGUUACGCUUGGAUGCUUUUGGUGGUCCUCGUGCUCCUGCUGCCCACAGUCUCCGAUGCCUGUGGUGAUCCACCAAGGUUUGAAACUAUGAGGCUCCGGGGUGCGCCUAAGCCCAGGUAUCGUCCCGGGGAACGUGUGCAAUAUGACUGUCGCCUAGGUUUCAAGCCCAUAGUUCCUCUUCGUUCCAGAUCUGCUGUUUGUGAGGAUGACAAUACAUGGUCAGCUCUCGAGGAGGCCUGUACAAGAAAAUCAUGUCCUAAUCUGGGAGAUCCAGUGAAUGGUCAAGUUUACUUCGUCAAUGGAAGUGUUCUGUUUGGUUCACAGGCUCACUUUGUUUGUAAUCAGGGUUUUUAUAUGAUUGGAGCAAGAAUUCUACAUUGUGAAAUUUCUGAAAAUAAUGUGAACUGGAAUGAUGAUCCCCCAGUAUGUGAAAAGAUUUUGUGUUCCACACCUGGAAAUAUAAAAAAUGGAAGAUUUACCAUUUACAAGGAUGAAUAUCAUUAUAAUGAGGUAGUAACUUAUAUGUGUGAUCCUUCAAAUGGACCAGAUGAAUAUUCUCUUGUUGGAGAGAGUAGGCUUAUUUGUGUUGAUCAAGACAGAUGGAGCAGUGAUCCUCCAGAAUGUAAAGUGGUCAAAUGUGACUAUCCAGUUGUUGAACAUGGAAUGAUAUUAUCAGGAUUUAGAAGAAAAUUUUACUACAAAGCGCAAGUUGUAUUUCAGUGUAACCAGGGUUUUUCCCUUCAUGGCAGCAACACAAUUGUCUGUAAUGCAAACAGUACUUGGGAGCCCGAGAUACCAACAUGUGCUAAAGGUCCUCGUCCAAAUACGACUACAGUGCCAACUUCGACAGGUUGA